GCCGAGCGCGGGGAGGCGGCGGCUGGGCCGGGGCCAUGGAGCUGCUCAAGCUGAACCGGAGCCUGCCGGGCCCCGGGCCCGGGGCUGCCCUGUGCCGCCCGGGGGGCCCCCUCCUCAACGGCAGCGGCGCGGGCAAUCUCAGCUGCGAGCCUCCACGCAUCCGCGGAGCCGGGACCCGAGAACUGGAGCUGGCCGUCCGGAUCACCCUCUACGCGGCGAUCUUUCUGAUGAGUGUCGCCGGAAAUGUGCUUAUCAUCGUGGUCCUGGGACUGAGCCGCCGCCUGAGGACCGUCACCAACGCCUUCCUGCUCUCGCUAGCCGUCAGCGACCUCCUGCUGGCCGUGGCCUGCAUGCCUUUCACUCUCCUGCCCAAUCUCAUGGGCACGUUUAUCUUUGGCACGGUCGUGUGCAAGGCGGUUUCCUACUUCAUGGGGGUGUCUGUGAGUGUGUCCACGCUGAGCCUCGUGGCCAUCGCCCUGGAGCGGUACAGCGCCAUCUGCCGACCACUGCAGGCGCGGGUGUGGCAGACCCGCUCCCACGCGGCUCGGGUGAUCGUGGCCACGUGGAUGCUGUCGGGGCUGCUCAUGGUGCCUUACCCGGUGUACACGGCCGUGCAGCCGGCGGGACCUCGUGUGCUGCAGUGCAUGCAUCGCUGGCCCAGCGCGCGGAUUCGCCAAACCUGGUCGGUCCUGCUGCUCCUGCUUUUGUUCUUCGUGCCAGGGGUGGUUAUGGCAGUGGCCUAUGGGCUCAUCUCCCGAGAGCUCUACUUGGGGCUUCGCUUUGACGGUGACAGUGACUGCGAGAGCCAGAGCCAGGUCGGAAGUCAAGGAGGGCUGCCAGGUGGGGCAGGACAAGGUCCUGCCCACCCGAACGGGCACUGCCGGUCGGAGACGCGGCUGGCGGGUGAGGAUGGCGAUGGCUGCUACGUGCAGCUUCCGCGCUCCCGGCCCGCGCUGGAGAUGUCUGCGCUGACGGCGCCCACGCCCGGGCCAGGAUCCGGACCCCGGCCCGCCCAGGCCAAGCUGUUGGCUAAGAAGCGCGUGGUGCGGAUGUUGCUGGUGAUCGUCGUGCUUUUUUUCCUGUGUUGGUUGCCAGUGUACAGCGCCAACACCUGGCGCGCCUUCGACGGCCCGGGUGCCCAUCGCGCUCUUUCGGGGGCGCCCAUCUCCUUCAUCCACUUGCUGAGCUACGCCUCCGCCUGUGUCAACCCCCUGGUCUACUGCUUCAUGCACCGCCGCUUUCGCCAGGCCUGCCUGGACACGUGCGCCCGCUGCUGCCCCCGGCCUCCGCGAGCUCGCCCCAGACCCCUGCCAGACGAGGACCCCCCCACCCCCUCCAUCGCAUCCCUGUCCAGGCUGAGCUACACCACCAUCAGCACGCUGGGGCCUGGCUGAGGGGUGGAGCGGGAGCAGGGGUGCGAGGCAGGACCGACGGAUUCCUACACGCAUGGUCCCAGCCGGACACGCAAGAGACACAGAGCAAGGGACACAAGAGACUGACUCACUGCCCUGCACGGGACAAGGUGCACAGAGGAAACGAACCCGAGCCUCCCUCAGCAAAGGAGGCGCUCUGGACGCGGGACUGAGCCUGGCACAUGGAGACAGGACAUUAACUUGGCCUUGCAAACGCCCAGCGUCCCCAGCUGUCACCUACCCUGCCGCAGUGGAAACUCCACCCGGAGCCAACCUGCCUCUCACACGUAUAGUCCUGGUACUGAAUGGUUUAGGGUCUGGAGCCUGGCACAGGAAUGAAGCCUGAGAGGCUCCAGGCUGCCCCCCACCCCUUGACCUCACAGUGCCCUUCCCCGGGCAGCGCUGCAGACACCAGCCUGCCCAACCUCACGCUCCCCAGACCCACAGGCUGCUUUGCACAGAAAAGUCCCCUCGUUCCUUCCCCGCCUCCCUCACCCGACCUCUUCAAGAAAUAAUAACAGACUUGACUUCCUCCUCAACGUUCUUUUUUGGGCUUUUUGGGGCCCACGAGGAGGCCACAGGGGACUUUGUGGCGUCCUCUCUGUCGGGUCCCUGCUGCUCACUCCUGCUGUGCAUGACCCCUGCCCAAAAGCCCACCGUCUGUGGCUAUGUGAGGCGGUGUGGAUUCUCUCCAGGCGGUCACGCUGGCCCCUGCACUUCAGUGUCCUUGUCCGUAGCAGCUGCGAGUGGGGGUGGGAGGGGAGGACACAUCGUGAUCCCGGAGCACAUUGUCAAGGUCCUGUAUUCAUAGAUGCUUCUUAAAAUUCUCGUGAAAAGAGGACGCACUGUAUGAUAAGACCCAGUUUAUUCAAUGUGUGUAUGUAUAACUGGGUCAUUUUGCUGUACACCCGAACCUAA